CCACUUUGCUCUUCGCCAUUUUUAUAUAAGGAUUACCUUUUUGUGAUCUAUGAUGAACACAAACUUAAAUGCAUAACCCACUUUCCAAUUCAUCGUUUUUCUUUCUCAAACUCUUACCUUUGUGUGAUCUCUGAUAGAUAGAUAGAUACAACUUUCAGCUCACCACAUGGAUCACAUGCAUUCAGGAGAAGAAGGGGGAAUCAGUAGCAUUAAUAUACAAGUGCCGGAACUCAGAGAGCCGAGCGGAAUAAGCAGUACAUGCACCCCCACAAUGUCCGAGCAGCAAGAACUUAGCAACGUUGAGAACCGAGCGUCUCCAAAAGCCUCCACGAUUCGAGCACCAGAGAAGAAGCUGACUCUCUUUGCCCUGAGGCUCGCAUUGCUUGAAAAAUCAGCAACAGGUUUAGGAACGCUUGGGUUUAUAUGGGCCACUGUGGUUCUUCUUGGUGGUUUCGCUAUUACACUGGACAAAACCGAUUUCUGGUUCGUCACCAUCAUAUUGUUAAUCGAAGGGACUAGGAUUUUCAGCAGGAGCCACGAGCUUGAGUGGCAGCACCAAGCCACGUGGUCUUUGACUGAUGCUGGAAUCUACAGUUACAGGAUUCUGAGGUCUAGCUCAAUGUCCCUCUUUCGAAGUAUAAAGAGUCUUUUCAAGCCAAUGAAGAAGAACAAGCAGAAACAGAGAGAAAUAAAGGCGGAGGAGGUUAAUGGGGUAACACCUAAGAAGUGGGACAAUCCAAGGACACCAACUAGGACGUGGACAAGCUCAGAUGUUCCGUUUCUGCCAUAUGCCAAGUGGGCUUUUGCUGCUAGACAUAUCAGUAAGAUUCUUUAUUGGCUCCAGCUUCUCUCCGCUUCGGCUUGUGUGGUUCUUUCAUUGAUAAAACUUGUCAUGCAUAACUAUGGAGAGAUAGAGAAGGGAGACUCUGAUAAGAGAAAUAGAGCAUCUGCUCUGAAUAUCUUCUAUGCAUUAGCUCUGGCUGAGGCUUUGCUGUUUCUGAUGGAAAAAGCUUACUGGGAAUGGGAGGUUAGGUAUUGUAAGCUUUUGGAAGAGGUGAACGCUGAGUGUGAACUGGGGCAAUCAGGAAUGGUGUCUGUUACAAGAUUCUUUUAUGAUUCUUAUUCAAGAUGCAUCACUGGAAGCGUAUUUGAUGGCUUGAAAAUGGACAUGGAUAGUUUUGCUAUGGAACUUCUGUCUUCAGAAUCCCCUGAUGAGCAGCUCAUCGGGACGAGAAUUCUUCGCCAGUUUGCGAAAAGCCAGGAGUCUUCUGAUUAUACGCUACAAAAGAUUGGAAUUUCUAUAUCAGUAAUAGAAAGAUUGGUUGAGAUGUUGAAUUUGACAGACUAUGAAGAAGAAGAAAUAAGACAGUCAGCUGCAGAAAUUUUGUCACGACUUGCUGGCAAGAGGCAGAAUUCUCUCAGAAUAGCUGGAAUUCCAGGAGCAAUGGAAUCUAUAUCUUCUCUUUUCUACACUAACAGGAACCAUAUUCCUGCAGCUGAUGAAAUUGGGGAGAAGAAACUCGUGUUCGAUCAUCCAAGUUAUGGGUUUUGGACAUUCAACUUGCUGGGACUAGCAAUUCUGAAAAAACUUGCUCGGGAUCAUGAUAAUUGUGGGAAGAUUGGAAAUACAAGAGGCCUGUUGCCAAAGAUCAUAGAUUUCACACGUACUGAAGAAAGGACAUUGAAGGAUGGAAAUGUUCUUGAUUCACAAAUAAAGACGGUGAAGAGAUCUUUACAGUUGGUGAAGAUGCUUGCUAACGCAACAGGCACUAACGGGAAGCAUCUUAGAAAAGAAAUUUCUGAGAUAGUUUUCACAAUCAGCAACAUCAGAGAUAUAUUAAGGGAUGGAGAGAAACAUCCCGAGCUACAGGAACUUGGGAUAGAGAUUUUAACCAGUCUUGCAUUGGAAGAUAAUGCAACAGAGAGAAUUGGAGGUACUGGUGGGGUGCUUAAGGAAUUGUUUAGCUUAUUCUUCAAACAAACUCAGAGACGCGUGACAACUGUUGCUGGUGAGGCCCUGGCAAUGCUGGUAUUAGAAAGCAGAAGUAACUGUCAUCGUGUUUUGAAGUUGAAUGUAUUGGGAAGGCUUGUGGAAGCGUUAAAAGACCCAUUGCUUCGCGUCAACGCUGCUAGGAUUCUAAGAAAUUUAUGUAUCUACAGUGGACCAGAAUACUUCAGCCAGCUAAAGGCAGUGACAAAUGCAGCACCGACGAUACUUCGAGCAAUCUUGUGGGAAGAGAACAAGCUACAAGAAGUGAUGGUUGGACUGGCAGCAAAUGCUUUCAAGUUCCUAAGUUCUGAAGAAUCAAGCAUUGUGUAUGAAGAAGCUGGAACUGCGGAGGUUAAAAUAGCAUGUAGACUGGUCCAGAUUCUGCAGAAACACCAAUAUCCACCGACCAAGGUCCCAAGGAUAAGGAGGUUUGUGAUAGAGUUGGCAAUUUGGAUGAUGAAAGACAACCCAGAAAACAUAGCUACUUUCAAGAAUCUGGGGAUGGAGGAGGUGUUGGAGUGUGUAUCAGAGACUACGUCAGAGCUUGAAAGCUUCAAUGUCUUCUCUGGUACGGUCGGACUGAACAGGCACAACACAACAAUUCAUUCCCUGGUUGAGACCGCAUUGGAGCUGAUGGAAGAUAGGUGAAACAAUGGAACACACUUUCUUAUUUUAGCUCAGAAGUAAUUGCAUAUGUGUGGUUAAACUCUCCAUGAUCUGGGAUAAAUACGGGAAUGUUUACUUGCGCCAUAAGCCUGGAAAUCUGGCCUUACAAUAAAUGACAAGUAGUUAUAACUUUCCUCUCCAGAACACGUAAGACGCGAGUCAGAAUUUCUAGUCUAAAUAUAAAAAGAAACUUUCGUAGUUUUGAGUAUUUAUAGACUUAACAAGUUAUUA